AUGCUUUAAAUUUAGAAUUAAUUGCAAAAUACUCUUGAUUAAUUAAAAGAAAAUAACAAAAAAUUCUUAGAAUUAAUAUUUCCUUAAUAAAACAAACCUAAACCUUAAAAAAAACAAAAACCAUUAAUUGAUAAAUUUACUUAAACGAUUGAUGUAAAUGAAGUACAAUAAGCAAAUUAUGCUCAAUUUUUAUUUCAUUAAACUUAAUCAAAUGUUGUAGAUGAUAUGAUAGAGGAAUUUGAAAACAAACUUGCUUAAAAAUUAGAAAAAUAAAAAUAAUUAGAACACUAAAAACAAUAAAUAUAACAAUAAUAAUUUGAAAUUGAAAGACUCAAAAUUGAAUUGUAAUCUAGAUUAAUUUCAAAAUACGGUCCUAAUAAUUUAUAAGUUGAAAAAAAUAAGAAAGAAAUUAAAAAAUAUUAAAAAAUGAUUAGAAAAUAAUAAUAAUAAAUUAGUCUUUUAAAUCAGUUAAAUUAAUAGCAUGAACUAAUUGAAAAUGCCCUAUCAUCAAUAUAAUAAUCGAAAACACUUUGA